AUUUGAGGGAUUUUUAUUCUCAGCAAUCGCCUUCUCAGCAACGGCAGCGGCUCGUAAUGUGAGGCAUUUUGGCCUCCUCCAAUUUGAUUGAGCAAUCAGAUAGAGUGCUCGGUGUUGGUUCUUUGUUGGUAGUUCUUAUCUAGGGCUGGGUCGUCGCGAGAAUACCAUGUGGCGUAAACCCUCAUCGCUCUCGGGCAUGCGACCGAGACUUGGUACUGUAGAGCAUGACGAUUUGAAGCUCGGCGCCCCCAAAAAUUGGGUUUCUGUGAAUGAGGAGGUUCCCCAUUCACUUUGUUGAGGCAGUGCAAGCAGCUCUUCGGGAUGGGAGACGAUAAGUACGAAGUAGGUGUCAGCUCCUUUGUUUCCCUUAUUGUCCCUCGGCCACCACGCCCUCUCAUUCCAUAACUCGUGUGCAUCAAGCUUUAUUGGCAUAUUGCUUGUUUCUCAUCACAAUCAUUCUCCAAAAUUGUGAUGGCAACCUCAAUUGAUUCUCUCAAUAUCCGAGAUGAAGACGAAAUCCGUUCGGUAAACUCCCACACCCGCGCGGAUUCUCCUGUUCGUAGGGACGCUUCAAUUUUGGAGAAAGACAAUACUCGGGAUAUCGAAGAGCAGGCAAUUCAGAUAGCGAAUGCGGACUUGAACAGCAGAAACAAGCAGGUAUGGAAUUCCUAUGCUAGGUUCGUUGGGCUUGUCUCUAAUGCUGGAAAGACUUAUACAGGAUGGAUGCUAUUAUGGCUUUCCUAUCAAUCAACCGGUGUCAUAUACGGUGACAUUGGCACAUCCCCGCUAUACGUUUACUCCUCAACCUUCACUAGUCAACCUUCAUACGAUGAUUUAGUUGGUGCACUUUCGAUCAUCAUAUGGACUCUCACAAUAAUGGUUUCAAUCAAAUACUCGUUUAUUGUUUUGGCUGCGGAUGAUGAUGGUAAGCUUUGUCAGCUGCAUUAGGUGAUUUCCGAUAAUGUUAAUAAAUCUUCAUAGGUGAGGGAGGAACGUUUGCACUUUACAGCUUACUCGCGAGAUAUGCCAAUAUUGUUCGGAAAGAUCCGAACAUAGCUGGAACUAUAAGGAUGGAGCGACAUUCCUCGGGGGACUUGAAGCCGGUAAAUAAAGGUGUCAGAAGCUUCAUUGAGAAUUCUCCAUUGUCACGAACGAUGUUGAAGUUCCUUGGUGUACUAGGAGUUUCUAUGGUUAUGUCGUAAGUUCUACAGUAAACGGUAUAAGCUUGUGUAAUUCUAACAUUCUCUAGGGAUGGAGUUCUUACACCCGCACGUAAGCAAGCUCAUCCUAUCAGAGCCCAAUUCGAAAUAUCAGUUCACAGCAAAGCAUAUUAAAUGCUCUCCAAAUCCGAUUAAAUCUAACUUGCUGAUAAUAGAAUCGGUUUUGGGGGCAAUCCAAGGUCUCAGAGUAGCGCGGCCAGACAUCUCGACGUGUACGUUUUAUGUUCUACUAUCAUUUGAAAAGCGGACAUACUAACAAGCUUUAUUUAAGCUACCAUUGUUGGUGUAACCUGCACAAUUCUUGUCCUCCUAUUUGCGAUCCAGCCAUUCGGAACAACCAGAAUUGCUUCUUCAUUCGCGCCAAUUAUCAUAGUGUGGCUUCUUUUCAACAUGUGUUGCGGAAUAUACAACCUCUCAAUGUUUGACCAUACCGUUCUGAAAGCAUUCAGUCCUCAUUUCGCCAUCAAUUAUUUUGUACGAAAUAAAGAAGAGGGUUGGAGAUCGCUCGGUGGCUUGUUGCUAGCUUUCACCGGAGUCGAAGCGCUAUUCGCAGAUCUCGGUGCCUUUAGCCAGAGGGCGGUGCAAAUAUCCUGGCUUGGUUUCGCUUUCCCUUGUCUGCUAUUAGGAUAUAGCGGACAAGCUGCUUUCAUAUCUCAGGUUUGACUACCACUCUUCAACUUUAGGAAAACUACUAAUCAGUUUCCUUAGGAUCCAACAGGAGAAGCAUACACCAACCCAUUCUUCAACUCCGUGCCACCAGGAUCGUUUUAUUUCAGUCUGGUCAUUGCAGUAUUGGCAGCUGUGGUUGCUAGUCAAGCUAUGAUCACGGCUUGCUUUCAACUUCUCGCUCAGGUCAUGAGAAUGUCCUACUUUCCCCACAUCAAGACCGUUCAUACCUCCAGAUUAUUUCAUGGUCAAAUUGUGAGUACGACCUGGCUAAAGUUCCAUCUUCCUGCUAAUAGAAGCUAGUACAUGCCAUUUGCCAACUGGCUGCUGAUGAUCGGAACGGUCAUUGUAACUGCAGUGUACUAUAAUACCACCCGACUGGGUAAUGCGUACGGCGUCUGCGUCAUAUUCGUAACAUUUGUCACUACAGUCAUGGUUUCACUCGUUGCGCUCAUCAUCUGGCGCUUUAAUUAUCUCGUCGUAUUUAUAUUCUUCCUCAUUUUCGGUUGCUUGGACGGGGUUUACCUUUCUUCGGCACUUACAAAAGUCCCAACGGGUGCAUGGUUUACGCUUAUGCUUUCCGCAAUUCUCUCAACCAUUUUUGUAUUAUGGCGAUUUGGAAAAGAAAACCAAUGGACUGCCGAAAAAGAAGAUCGAUUCGGAAUGUCGCAUCUUCUCACAACCUCCAAAGACGGGGAAACGAAAUUGACAGAGGCUUUUGGUGGCAUGACAGUUUCAAAAGUCAAUGGACUCGGAAUAUUCUUCGAUAAAAUCGGCGACAAAGUUCCAGUCGUCUUCACUCAAUUUGUGCGAAAGUUCUGCGCUCGUCCCGAGAUCAUGGUCUUCUUCCACAUGCGUCCUCUCUCUGAGCCUAGUAUUCCUGAAGCAGAAAGAUACAUCGUCCAACGAACCAGUAUCCCCUUCUGCUAUCGCUUGACUAUUAGGCAUGGCUAUACCGAUGACAUUGUCACACCAGACCUCGCACGUCUCGUCAUAGAACAGCUGGUUCUUCAUAUCACGAGCGACACUAUUGCAUCAGCUGCCAACUCUUACAACUCGAGUGUAAAAGCUGUGAUUGUCAAUCACAGCCCGGCAAUACAACAGGAGUUGUAUACCUUGACCAAGGCUGCGCAGACUCAAAUUGUGUAUGUGAUGGGUAAGGAGCAGAUGAAGAUUAAGCAAGGAACCAACAUUUUCCGACGGGCUGCUCUGUGGGCUUUCUUGUGGAUCCGGGAGAAUAGUAGAACGAAGAUGGCGGAUAUGAAUAUUCCGUUCGACCAGAUGGUUGAGGUUGGAUUUGUCAAGGAGAUUUGAGAAGAUUUUGAGGCAGAUGGGAGGGGAAAGAAUGGAUUAGGAAGCUAGGAAUUUGGUGGAAGAGAUACCCCUGUGUAUAGUUGGGCAAACAGUUACUACACUAUGCUCUUGGGCGUGUCUUAUAUAAAAGUAUGAUAGUUGUUUUUGGAAGGGAAAAAAAAUGUUUACGGUUUUGUUUGACGUUUCAUGACAGCGGACAACAAGGAUUAUUGUCUCUUCUGUUUAUAGUCGGCUAUUUAGAGCACUCUGUAUUUCAAAAGAAUGUGUACUCCAAUCAUAAGUUGGAAUUCAGUCUGGC